CCAACUAGGCAAGGUGCUAGCUAGCAUAUGUGCUAAGUCAGUCAGUCCGGUAGUCAGACAAAAAUAUUGCUAGCUCGCUCUAGUAGGUGUAGUAGACCAAACUCUCUGGUUGGUAGACCACACUUAGCACACGAAAAGUCAACUCCACGCGACAGCCAAAGGUUUCAGUCUUGGUUCGAUCGAGCUUUGAAGUGCAUCGACCUGUCCGCGCGAAUCGUCAGCCGUCAGGCGUACCGUCGUCGUAGAUCAGAAACGGAUCGGUUCGAAAAGAAGUUCUUGGUGGUUAGAGUUGUUGUCCUAGUCCAGACACGAUCUUGUAACCUGGAUGGUUUACAAGGUUUGCCCGUUUGUUGUCAUGUGCUAGGACGAACUAGAUCCGGUGAUCAACAACAGUCAAUAGAUUCCUGGCUGAAAACAGGAAACUUACUGACUCAAACAAAAAAAGUUUGUUCGAUCGAGUAUCGGCUAAGUUUGCUCAAUUAAUAUUACGAGGUGUAUAGAAGGUGAAUCGGAAAUUUAAUUGCGCUAGAGCUACCUUGUGUUGUUUUUGUGUUCUACGACCCGCUGCCUGUUAGCUUACACAAAUCAGCUGUUGGUGGGCAAAAAAAUUGCAGUUCUAGGCAGAUUACAAACUGAUUGCCCGAUGAACGAGCGAAAAACCUUGAAGGGGGCAACGUCGAUCGAGUUGUGAUGAAAUUGGGCAACUCUCUGUUACCGGGUCAGAGAAUAGAAGAAGAAAAAAAGUCCCGACUACACAUUUCGUGUGUGAUCAAACUUGUUAUUAUUGAUAGUGUGUGAUCGUGAUCAUCAUCUUUCAUGCUGUCGAAGCCGAAAGCGAGUGUGUUAAUUCCUGCUCAUAAUCGAAUCCAUUCUUAGUUGUUGUCGGACGGUGAUAACACUCCGAACGAACGGAACCUUGUGAUCAUCAUCGAUUGGAGGCUGGUGGACGACACAGCAAAAAAAAAGGUGAUAAGAUGCAGCCCGAAGAAAACUACAACAAUAACAUCAGCCAGGAAGAUUUCACACCAUGCCUGGAUGGAAGCGAAAAGGCUUCAAUCACUUGUGCCAGCAUGCCCGCAACCGUUUUCAGCAGUAGUCAGCUGCAGAACGAGACCACCAUUUGUAGUAACGCCUGCAGCACCAGUCCUAGUAUUAGCACCGGAAACAGUAAUAAUCCCGUAGAAUUAUCCUGCGAGAAACAGGACCUGUCGUACUACAAAUGCCGGCAGCUGUUGUGCUACGAUGACGCCCCGAAACACCUGCAGUUCAAUCCGUUCAUCCGGACCGGCUACCGGACGAUCCUGUCCACCAAGCUCUGCCUGGAGAGUAUGUUCUGGUGGACAAACGAAACCAUCAACAUCUGGAGCCACGUUUUCGGAUGGUUCCUGUUUAUCGGGUUGACCUACUCGGACAUUGUGCUGCUGCAGAUCCAUGCCAGUAUGGUGGAUAAGCUGAUUGUCGGAGCUUUGUUGGUGUGCUUUCAGGUCUGCAUGAUCCUGUCGUCGAUCUAUCACACGUUCUCCUGCAAAUCGGCGCAAAGCUAUGAAUGCUUCCUUGCGUACGAUCUAUUCGGGAUUGCGCUGUCCUUGUUGGCCAUCUUCAUCAGCGGCAUCUACUACGCCUUCUGGUGCAACGCGCCACUACGCAACUUCUACAUCAUAACGAUCGGUGUCAUCUUUACGGUGGCGAUGAUCUUGCAAGUUCCCCGGCUAAAAGUGAACUCCAACAUCAAGAUGUUGGCCUUUGUGGCGUGGGCGGCCUACGGGGUGGUUCCAACACUGCACUGGUAUAUCGUGAUGGGCGGCACCGAGAGUACCAUGGUCAAGUUAUUCAUUCCACGGGUGAUGAUGAUGUACCUGCUGACGGGCACGGCCUUCCUGAUCUACGUCACCCGGAUACCGGAACGUUGGUUCGUCGGAAAGGUUGACUACAUUGGCCAUUCGCACAACUGGUGGCACAUCUUUGUGCUGGCCGCCCUCUACUAUUGGCACAAUAGUGGUUUGGCCUUUGCAUUUUUCAUGAUUGAUAACGGCUGUGUAGAGGACAGGGACAAGUGUUAUCGGUUGUAGAGAAAAGAAAACUUAACCAGGAACAAAACAAAAUGGCACCCUUCUACUACAGAACAUACCAGCGCGUUAUUGAUAACCGAACUUUUUGUCUGCCAAUUAAAAACGUUAAUCUUUUAAAGUACUUAGUUUGUUUGUAGUUUCUUUACGUAGGGGAAAGCAGAAAGUUGGUUACCCGUUCUAUAGCCGUAAGAGAAGAAUUGUAUUUGUUUCGAUGUCUUUUGCUUGAACUCUUCUAAUGUCUAGAGUGGUUUGUUAUCUUUUGGUUCUUGUUAAUUAUUUAUUUCAAUCAAGAAUAGGCUACACAACUUUUUUACCUUUUAUUUAUACUAGUAGAAAAAUGCAGUUGUUUACGAUAAUUUCAGAAUUCAAUUUUGAACAAAAUUGCCGGCCGAUUUUCAAAUACUCUAUCGCUGUCGAAAAAUUCUAUUACUGUACUAGAAUACAAAGGUGCAUGCUGUGGAAGUAUAAAAAGAGCAUCUAUUUAGAAUCAACAAAAAAAAAUCAAUAUUUUUGAAACAGUUUUGAAUCGCAAUCCUAAUCUGUUAGGCGAAUUAUCAUGAACAAUGUACUCGACGUUUUAUUUCAGUGUUUGCUAAACUUACACAGUAAAAAAACAUGCGAAUUGAAUAUUUUUGAUGAAAAAAUUGGGCCAUCGUCUUACUCGGUGUGUGUGUUUACAAAAUCGAGUAAAUUUAUAAAAAUUGGACAUGUUUCGAAGUACUUUGUUUAUAAAUUCAAUUCGCACAUUAUAUAGAACAUAUAGGCAGCGAUGGUUCAACUAUUUUCAUCGAAAUAAUUCAAUCUCAUAUGCGUUUUUUUGCUGUGCACCUAGAAGAGUUCAAAUAUUUAAAUAAAUUCUCCAAAAAGUUCACAUUUACCCGUAUUUAAUCAGCGUUGUUUAGUAAAAUAUUGCACGACUUUUGCAUGCUUUCCGAUGAAAGUUACUGUGGAGUGUAUCAGAAAGUUGUCAGUUUUGCAAAUUUCUAUAAUAGUUGUUGCCUUAACCCGCCAAUAACCAACAUAGAUGUUCUAGUAAUGAAUGGUGUUUGUUAGUUAAAGAGAAUUAAAAAAAAAACAGGACAUACUUGAAAAUAACUAAAGCCAACAGACAUUAGCAGAUAUUUUCCGUGUUCAUUAAAAUUAUUCAUUUGUUACUGUGUUUCAUUUAGAAAAAAAAAACCUUUAUAACACCCACACACAUACACAUAUCAGAAUAAGAAAAAACUCAAUAAACGCCUCCAUAUUUACACGCCAAAACAAAAACACUCGUUUUCAACCACAAAAAACUCACAAUUGCGAACGAAAAGCGAAAAGUGUUCAUCCCCGAAAACUCCUCCCCGUUGUUUUUCCCUCCUGUUUAGGUAUGAAGUAUGUUGAGUUCAGGAUGACCCACGGGUGCUCAGCUGGGGUACAGUAUGCCUGACCUAGUUCGACGCGCAAGUUCCGACAGUAAGCCGUAAGCGUAAUGCGUCUUCCGCAAUGAGCGUGUGCGUGCAGCUGCGUGCUCAUGCACACUUGUAGAGUUAGAAGUAGCUUGGUAGGAAAAGCUAGUUGGUAUUUUUUAAAUAUAUUUUAGUAGAAUAGUUUUUUUUUUUUUGACACUAGACAGAAAAAGAGAGAUAGAGAACCUGAGACAAGCUUUUACAGGAGCGAUAAGUGAAACUGUUCUGUUACCAUCACUGUAGUGUUUAGAUUUUUAAGAAGCUGAACGUGUGCGCGUAUUUGAGUAGAGCCAGACGAAUCUCUUUCUUUUAUUUCAAUCUCCGUAACAUAAGAAGAGCACUGAGUUGGAAUGCGGUGUCGUUUUUCAUAUGACCAUCGAUUCUAACCAGCAAUGGCUCAAGACUCAAUUCAAACAAUUUCAAUUUCGCUUUUCUCUCUUAAAAAAAACAACAAAAAUCACUUUUUGAACUUAGCCUUAGAAAAACAAUACCCUUUAAAACGCCAGCUAAUGUUUCUAGAAGUAGUGUGUAGUACGUAACUUCUCCCGUGUGUGGUGGUGUUCUAGUUGAAUAGAAUGCCACACAGACACAAAACCAAUUUUGCUCAAAAAUCUUCUACAGUUUAAAAAUCUAGUUAAAUUAAAAAAAAGAAGAAAACGACUACAAUUCACAGUACAAGAUGUGAUAUAAGAAGAGGGUUGAGAGCGCUAUCUAAUUACAACAGGUACCAAGGACAACUGAUAUACAUUAAUGCAUAAAUAGAUGCUAGGUAAGGCAAAGUGCACGUUAUAUUUUUUCAUUAUUGUACAAAUAAAGUUUGAAUAUAUUAAA